CUUGUGACUGGUCAUCGGUGGACGAAUCGUGGAGACGGCGCAUUUUCUGUAAUUGGUGAUUGGAGAUUCCCAAAUAAUACUCUGAUUAUUGGUUACUGUGUAUCACUAAAGUUUGGCCGCGGUAACUAAUUUUCGAUUUUCCAAAAUUCUAUUUUCUAUAUCAAGUAGAUAACAACAAUUAACAGAAUCCUUCGUGCACAUAAAAUUCAAGAUGUCGGUAUGCUUCUUUGUGCCUGCUGACCAAGCCGGGACAUCCAGCGAGGAGAUAAAGACAGAUGGACCCGAAGUGGAAGUAUGUGCUGAAACUCCCCAGCAGACCCUCCAACAGUUCUGGAGUAAUGUCAUGACUGACAUACAGAAGACUACAGCGGAGGACUUCAAAACCCAAGCGCUGCCCCUGGCCCGGAUAAAGAAGAUAAUGAAGCUCGACGAGGAAGUCAAGAUGAUAUCAGCCGAAGCGCCCGUGCUGUUCGCCAAGGCUGCGGAGAUCUUCAUACACGAGCUAACGCUCAGGGCUUGGUCGCACACUGAGGACAAUAAGAGGAGGACCUUACAGAGAAACGACAUAGCAAUGGCGAUAACAAAAUCUGACCAAUUCGACUUCCUUAUCGACAUAGUUCCGCGGCACGAAGUGAAGCCGACCAAGGCCAGGGAAGACCCGCCGCGCGCCAACUCUAUACCGGAACAGGUUCAGCAGCAGCCGGCGGCACUGACGAACCACACGGGACAGCCACAGAUCGUCUUACAACCCUGCGCGCAAAUCGUUCAGACGAGCAACGCGUCCUCGAGCAGCACCGUCGGCCAAGGCCAGGUGACGCUGAUGCAGCAAGUGCUGACUCCGUCUGGGGAACUACAGCAAUUGCCUAUCCAGCUGACCCAAGCGCAGCUGAACAUGAUCCGGCUGCAGGUGCAGAACAACCCGUCGCAGCCCAUCAUCAUACAGGCCCAGCCGCAGCAGUCGCCGCAGAUCAUACAGGUGUCGUCACAAGCGCAACACCAGCCGCAGCAGCAAGUGUUCUUGGCACAGGUGGCCUCCAGCCAGGAGGACUCGUAGUCGUAUAGCCCUCCUACUUAGCAUUUACUAAUCGAGUGUGAAGACAAAAAUCUUCUGUGUCACAUCACAUAACAAAAUAUCGUAACAAAGAGACGCCAUGUUAUAUCUUCCACGUUACCCUGUAAAUGGGGGCCGACGUGAGUGAAUAGUAUGUCGACUGAAUUUGUAAUGUAAUUUAUUAAUCGGAUCAGUAUUAUUAGAAAUGAAUUUUUACUCUAAAAUCCGUGACGUCACAAUUUUUUUAACAUUACUGUCAUACAAGUUUCGUAACUUGAUUAGUUCGUGACUCAACGGGAACAAAACAUUUUACGAUUUCGACUUAUCAGUCGAACGCGAGAUUGCUGGUAUAAUAUUCAGCCAUUGUUCAACGUUCAUAGACAGAGAAAAAUAUAGACAUCGUCAUUUCUCUCGUACAUUCUUGUAGAGAAACGCGAGAAGAAACGGAACAGAGCACUUAUACCUAUUUGUUGUCCCUAUGUUGACACUUUGUAUGAAAUAAGCCGGGAAAUUGUUUCAAAAUGUUAUUUGGCUACGCAAAUAACUAUUUGUCUUUAUUUUUCUUCGUCUUUAGUAACAACUGCGUUAGUAACAGUUGGUAUUUGUCUGUUACACUGAAAUAAGGUAGGCGUCUUUUUUUUUUAAAUGUGUCUUCACCCAUUUUUCUUUUGUAUUCAUAAAUGGUUGAUUUCAAAUUAGUUUAUUUGAAUAAAUGUUAUUGAUGUUUUUUGACUGAAGAAUCACGAAAAUGUUAGUUAAAAUUUUACUUUUGUUAUUGAAGCUUAAUGUGUAAAUAGAUAAUUAUAAAAAUAAAUUAUUUUAUAAGUA